UCAACCCCAUCAUUUCUCUACACCUUUGUCUCUCCUAUAUAUAUCACAAACAAAGCAACACGUAUCAAAACUCAAAAAGUGAAAAGAAAAAAAAACACAAAAAAUUGAAUUACUUCUUCUUCAAAGCUCAAAUAACAUCAUCGACAGUAUCGAAUAUGUGUUUCUUUGAUACUCGGUGCGAUCAGAAUCUCUCCGUGGUGGUGAAGAUGGAUGUGGCGUGGUGGAUGGAGGCGAUUCCCCCGAGGAUAAUCUCUCCGGCGAAGCCAUCGACUACUCCGAUCCUAGAGACGAUUCUAGAAGGAGGAGAGACCGAAGAAGAAGACGAUCAGGAACAUGAUCACGAAGACGUGUAAAUUUGGAAAAAAAAUGAUCAUUUUGUUACUCGAUCGAUCGGUCUUGGACUAAUUUGGAUAUAGAUUCACCAUUUUUCUAUAUAAUCUGUAUAACAUGCAUGAGAUUUUGUAUUGUAUGUUUUGUAUAAUCAAAUCUCAUGAGUUCUUUAUAAAAGUUUUCAUUGAUCUUUCAAA